AUGACGAGUCCUUUCGAUAACGACGCGCUUCCUCGAAACGCGGCGAAUUACGCUCCGUUGACUCCGUUGACUUUCAUCCGCCGCGCCGCCGACGUGCACGGCGACCGAUGCGCCGUGGUGUACGGCGACCAAUCGUGGACGUGGCGCCAGACGUACCGUCGCUGCUGCAAACUCGCGUCCGCGCUGCGCCGCCGCGGCAUCGGGAAGAACGACACGGUGUCAGUGCUGGCGCCCAAUGUACCAGCGCUCUAUGAGGCACACUUCGGAGUGCCCAUGGCGGGGGCCGUGCUGAACGCCAUCAACACGCGCCUGGACGCCCGCACAGUCGCCCUCAUCCUCGCCCACGGCUCUGCCCGGCUGGUCAUGGCCCACCGCUCCCUGGCACCGCUGCUUACUGAUGCCCUGCUGCUGCUGCCGGGUCUAUUGAGGGAGAAGGGACGUGUGUCAGGCAUGCCGCAGGUUGUCAUUAUCGAAGAUGACGAAGAGCCAUCCGAUCAGAGCGAUCCAGGUGGCAGCGCUGCUGACGUGGCAGCCCUGGCAGCAUCACUGAACAGAGGAGGAGGGGGAGGGGGUGGGAGGGGGGGAAGGGGAAGGGGAGGGGAGAGGGGGGGAGUGGUGACGUAUGAGGAGCUGGUAGGGGAAGGGGAUGAGCAGUACGAGUGGGAGUGGGAGGGUGGAGAGGAGGGCGUGCAGGGCGAGGGCAGGAGAAGGGUCGUGGUGGAGGAUGAGUGGGAUGCCAUUGCUCUCAAUUAUACUUCCGGCACCACCGCCCAACCCAAGGGCAUGGCAUGGUGUGCGUGUGUAUGCACAGAGGCGUGUAUUCCCUCCCUAGCAGUGCUGCCCAACGUGCUCGCGGCAUGGUGUGCACACAUAGGGGCGCGUACCAAUCAGCCCUGGCCAACGCAUGGGGCUCCACGCGCUACCAGGCGGGCAGCGCCCCGUGUACCUCUGGACACUGUCGCUCACUCUCUCCCUCUCCGUGCAUUCCCCCACGGCAUGGUGUGCACACAUAGGGGCGCGUACCUAUCAGUCCUAGCCAACGUGCUAGCAUGGGGGCUGCAUGCGCUGCCAGGAGGGCAGCGCCCCGCCCCGUGUACCUGUGGUCGCUGCCUCUCUCCCUCUCCCCCCAUUCCCCCCAGGGUGUGGUGUGCACACAUAGAGGCGCAUACCUUUCAGCCCUGGCGAACUUCCUUACCUGGGGGCUGCACGCGCUGCCAGGUGGGCAGCGUCCCGUGUACCUCUGGACGCUUCCACUCAUUCUCUCCCACUCCCCCCAUCCCCCCACCCCAGGGCAUGGUGUGCACAUAUAGAGGCGCGUACCUAUCAGCCCUAGCAAACGGCGUGGUAUGCACGCACAGGGGCGCGUACCUAUCAGCCGUUGCGAACGUGCUAGCAUGGGGGCUGCAUGCGCUGCCAGGCGACCACACUCCCUCCCGUUUCCCCCAUCCCCCUAGGGAAGGCGUGUACCUAUCAGCACUGGCCAACGUGCUAGCAUGGGGGCUGCACGCACAGCCAGGGGGGCAGCGCCCCGUGUACCUGUGGACGCUGCCUCUCUUCCUGAAGCUCUCCCCCCACUCUCUCUCCCCUUUUCCCCAUUCCCCCAGGGUGUGCGCCCCGUGUACCUGUGGACGCUGCCUCUCUUCCACUGCAACGGCUGGACCUACCCCUGGGUGCUCGCCGCUGUGGCUGGCACGAAUGUUUGUUGCAGGGAGGUAUGUGGAGGGGCAGAGAGAGGUGUAUGGGGGGGUGUGUUGCAAGCAGGUGUGGCCUCUCUUCCACUGCAAUGGCUGGACCUACCCCUGGGUGCUCGCCACUGUUGUUGGCACCAACGUGUGCUGGAGGGAGGUGUGUGGCGAGGUCGGGUAUGGUAUGGUGGGGUGUGCCGCGGUGGGCUGUGGCAUGGUGGGUCGCGGCACGGUCGGGCAUGGCACGAUCGGGCGUGGCACGGUCGGGCGUGGCACGGUCGGGCGUGGCACAGUCGGGCGUGGCAUGGUCGGGCGUGGCACGGUCGGGCGUGGCACGGUUGGGCGUGGCACGGUCGGGUGUGGCAUGGAGGGGUGUGCCGUGGUGAGGUGUGGCGUGGAGGGGUGUUGUGUGGAGGGCUGUGGAGUGGAGGGGUGUGGCGUAGAGGGGUGUGGCUUGGUGGGGUGUGGCUUGGUGACAGCAGCCAGCAUAUUCUCACUCAUCCCUCGCCACCGAGUGACACACAUGUGCGCCUCUCCUGUCGUCCUCCCCUUCCUCAUCCACGCACCCUCCUCUCUCACCCAACCCCCUCCCCACCUACCUCGCAGUCAGCAUCUUCUCUCUCGGUCCCCGGCACCGCGUCACCCACAUGUGUGCCGCGCCCGUGGUGCUCUCCUUUCUCAUCCACGCCCCCGACUCCCCCACCCACCCCCCUCACCCCCACUCCAUCAGGUCACAGCAGCCAGCAUAUUCUCUCAUAUCCCCCAGCACCAAGUGGCAGCGACCAGCAUCUUCUCUUUAAUUCCGCGCCACCGCGUCACCCACAUGUGCGCCGCGCCCGUGGUGCUCUCCUUCCUCAUCCACGCCCCCGACUCCCUACAACCAUGCGUCCCCUCCCCUCCCCACCAGGUCACAGCGGCCAGCAUAUUCUCUCUCAUCCCGCGCCACCGAGUCACCCACAUGUGUGCAGCCCCCGUGGUGCUCUCCUUCCUCAUCCACGCGCCUGACUCCCUCCGCCUGCCCUUCCUCGCCGCCCAGCGCGCCCAGGGGCGUGGAGGGGGUGACUAUAGCGAGGGCAGAUGGGAGGGCAAUAGCGAGGGUAGCAGGGAAGGCAGAAGGGGUGGCUAUAGUGAGGGGAAUUGGGAGGGCAGCAGCGGGGGGGGGCAGGAGGCGAGGCGGGUACAUGUGAUGACAGCGGGGGCAGCGCCGCCACCAGCAGUGCUGGCGGGGAUAGAGGCGAUGGGGUUUGACGUGCUGCAUGCUUACGGGCUCACGGAGACGUAUGGGCCGGCUGUGGUGUGCGAGUGGCAGCAAGAGCGGUGGAGAGGGGCGGAUGAGAGCGAACGAGCGAGGCUGAAGGCUAGACAGGUGGGUAAGAGGGGUGGAGGUGCAUUGGAGGUGGAUAGAGGCGAUGGGGGGAUAGAGGCGAUGGGGUUUGAGGUGAUGCAUGCAUACGGGCUGAUGGAGACGUAUGGGCCAGCUGUGGUAUGCGAGUGGCAGCAAGAGCGGUGGCGAGGGGCGGAUGAGAGCGAGCAAUCGAGGCUCAAGGCGAGACAGGUGGGUGAGGGGUCGGUAGAGGUGCAUUGGUUGUGGAUGGAGGUGAUGGAGUUUGAAGUGUUGCAUGCAUACGGGCUGACGGAGGCGUAUGAGCGGGCGAGGAAAGCAACAGCCCUUCUCUUUUACCACCUCUCCUCCCGCCCCGGCUCCUUUUACCACCUCUCCUCUCAACCCCUCUCCUUCCACCACCUCUCCUCUCAACCCGUGCCCUUUUACCACCUCUCCUCCCCAACCCCUCUCUCUUUGUUGUCUCUCCUCCUACAUCCCUCUCCUUUUACCACCUCCCCUUCCCAACCCCUCCUUUUACCACCACUCCUCGCACCACCCUCUCUCCCCCCAUCUCCUCCCCACCGACAGGGCGUGCGGUGCAUGGCCCUGGAAGGACUAGCAGUCAUGGACCCAGUCACAAUGCGCCACGUGGCAGCAGACGGGCGCAGCAUGGGGGAGGUGAUGCUGCGGGGGAACAUGGUGAUGAAGGGGUAUGCCGCCGACCGGGGGGCUACUGAAGCGGCUUUUCGAGGCGGGUGGUUCCACUCGGGGGACCUGGCUGUCAUGCACCCCGAUGGGUACAUUGAAGUCAAGGAUCGCUCAAAGGACAUCAUCAUAUCGGGUGGUGAGAAUGUGAGCAGCAUAGCAGUGGAGGCAGUGCUAUACCGCCACCCAUCCGUGCUGGAGGCUGCAGUGGUGGCCCGCCCUGAUACCAUGUGGGGGGAGUCCGUGUGCGCCUUUGUGUGCCGCAAGCCAGGGCAGCAGCACGCGCGUGUGGAAGCCAUGCCUUCCGCUCUUCGCUCAUCCGCGCGUCACUUGCGCUCCGCCUUCACCACCACCGCUGCCGCAUUCACCGCCCGCCCCGCACUCCCCCGCAUGCCGUGCAUCGCCGCCUCUCUCGAGUCCGCCGUGUCGAUGCGGCGCGUCCCUCAACCCCCAGCACGGCCGUCCGCCGUUGCACCUUCUUUUCACGCAUCGCCGCCACUGCCAGCACCACCAGUAGCAUCAGACCUCCUCGCUCGCUUCCAACUCGCGUCAUGCGCGCCGCGCUUUUCGAUCUCGGCGCAAGAGGCACCGACUCGCACCCUCGUCGCACUACCGCGUGCGCUCGCCGUCGGUCGCGCUCCCUCCCCCGCUUCCGCCGCGCCAACGCUUCGCGCUGCGCACACCGCAGUGGUUGCAGCGCGGGCGGCGGGUGUGGGGCAGGCGAGGGGCGUGUUCGUGGAGGCUCAAGAUCAAGCUACGCACGGAAAACGCCAUAAGGGUGGCGCGGGCAAUGCCGCGGAGAUAACUCCUAUGCCCUUGCUGCUCCCUCUUCUCCCUUCCCAGCCCUUCCCUUCCCCCGCUUACAGGUUCAAGAUAAAUUUACGAACGGACAAUGCUAUCCACGUGGCUCGGGCGAGGUCGCACUACUGGAAGGGCGCGGAGCUGAAGCGGCUGCGCACCGAGGAGGCGGAGAUCAGGUGGCAGCAGCGGGAAUUUCGGCAGAAGCUCGACUGGACCAUGGCCAAACACGCCAGGUGGGUGGGAUGGGAUGAAGGAAGGAUGGUCAAGCGCUUCAGGUAUGGUGGGGCGAGCAUGGGGGCCAAGCCAAGCACUCCAGGUAUGGGCAAGCCCUGCAGGUAUGGGCAAGCCCUGCAGGUAUGGGCAAGCCCUGCAGGUAUGGGCAAGCCUCACAGGUACGGGCAAGCCCUGCAGGUACGGGCAAGCCCUGCAGGUACGGGCAAGCCCUGCAGGUACGGGCAAGCCCUGCAGCCCCUCUACUAUACCCCUUUCUAUACCUUACUCCCCUCUCAAACUCCCCUCACCCCUCCCUGCCCUCUUUCCCCAUCCUUCCAUUUCCCCCUUGUUUUCCCUAUUCUUUCCCCCCUCUCUGCCCUCUCCUAUCCCUCCUCUCCACCCUAUCCUACAACCUCACUCCGCCCUGUCCUAUCCCCUCACCCUUCUUCCCCCUUUCCCCUCUCUGCCUCACACCCUUCUCAAACCCCCCUAUCUCCCCACGCAACUCACCUUCUCUUCACCCCUGUCCUGCCCUCUGCCGUCACCCUCCUGGUUCACCAGAUGGAUGGACGUCUGGCGUAA